ACUUGUAUUAGGUCAAAUUUAUUGGUAAAGCACAUUUAAAAACAACAAGAGUUAAACCAAAUUGCUGUAGAAUUAAAUUAGCAAACCACCAACACUGUGGAAACCCUAAAACCACUGUUAUAAGCUGAGUUUCUGGUGAGAACAGAACACCACCUAUCCUCAAAGCACAAACACAUACACGUUAAAGUUAAGUACAGAAAAAAAUAAGAAAACAGGCUAAAAUGUGAAAAGGAUUUCACACACCAUCUCUGGUAUGUUUUAAUCACACUGUUAUGUGUUUCUUUGUGUUCCUUACUGUGUUUCUUAUUUAUAGGGCACACGUGGCCGAUUUCAUUUGGCUCAGGGGCAGGACUUGGCAUGGCAUACGCCAACUGCCAGAAUGACCUGAGGUCACAUUAUCUGCUGCACAAAAGUGAAAAGGAGCAAUAGCUGCAAGUCAUCAAGGGACUGUCUUUUUUAUUUUUUCCAUCAUUUUGUUUUGUUUUGUCUGUGGGCGUGUCACCAUUUGCACAGUUAGAUUCUUGCCUCCCUGCGGACGAACCUCCCUAGGAUGACUCUGUAUGAUUUGUUUGUGCCUGAUCAGGACAGUCUGUGUUUAUUUAAUAAAAUAAUCAGAACAACAGAAAAUGUGUGAUGGCUGAGUGAUUAGUUGUUCCACAGAUUCUUAAUGAGGGCUGAAAAUCGUGUAGAUUCACACUGAACUAAGUAGUACAAAAAAUAAAUCUCUUAUAAUGAAUUAUAACGGCUAGAAAAUAUUUCAUACACUCCAAGUAGCAAGGAGUCAAGUGUUAACGCAGAUUUUUAAAAAAUGUGUUUUAAAUAUGAGUUGAAGUGGUUAUAUGAAAUCUGUCAGAGAGGAAGGUGGGGGCAGCAAUGUAAGUGCAGUCCCAUAAGGUGGUGGGCUUGGUGUGGGUGAGGGGGGUCACAGGGCUGGCAGCGGCUGAUCUGAUGUGGAAGAUUACAGGGGUGUAGUGAUGGUGAAGAUUAGUCACUUCUGAGGGGGUACGGAAAUUGAGAGCUUUGCUUAUUAUGUUUAGCAUUUGCCAAGGCUAUUAAAAUGCUGCAGUGCACAGGACUUCACCCCAUGAAUGCUUUUGUUUCAUUCUAUUUAGUAUUCAAGUACUGCGAAGUGAAUAAUUAUGGUUGUCAUGUCAUCUCAACGUUUGUAUUGAGAACAAUGGGACAAGGUAAAGUGGCUCUAUUGUUUUCUGAUAGGGGAAGUUAAUUUGUAAAUGUAUGAGCCACUGAAAAAUAUCUCUGAAACCUGAGCAUAUAUCUACUAUUUAUGAGCUGUUUGGUAAAUACAGAAUGUACUUAUAUAUCUCUGGUGUUUAGGGAAACAUUCAAAUACUGGCCAUUGAACAGUAACAGUGAAACCAAAAAGAAUAAAUAUUUAUUUAGGAUUGAUUUUUCUGUAAUAAUGCUUAUAUAAUUUGCAUGUCUGUAAAGUAACCUGUGAUUAAACUGGAUGGUGUUGUAUUGGCACAAUCCUGCUCCGAAAAGCAGACGAUCAUGUGCUUCACGCUUAAUAUGAGGGUCAUCGGUGUAAAUCAAAGUUUCGGCUCAGACGGCAUUAAACAGUCCCCUAUGGACAGUGUAGAAGGAGAAAGCACUUUCUUGCCCUUUAGCACAAAAAUGUAGCAGGUCUACCAUAGUGAAUGCAUGGACCAAACAGUGAAGCACAAACGUGGGAGUGUGAUGAUAUGAGUGGAAAAGGUGUUGGGGAGAUGAUGCUAAAGAUGCACCAUGAAUGUCUGGAUUUUCCAAAAUACUGGCUGACAAGAUGACUCUUAGACUGCAGAAGUUUGGCAGAAGAGGAAUAUUCCAGCAUGAUAAUGAUCUGCCAAAAUCACACAAGAAAAAAAGUGAAAACUAUGACCCACACAAGUAUGUUGCCUGAUUUAAAUCCAGUGGAAGACUUCUAGUUCUAUAUGUAAUACACACACAUGCACACAAUAUUACACGGGGGUGUAGUCACUUAUGUUAUAUGUUGUAAAUGUUCUACCUUCAAAGUGUGAGAAGGGAUUUGAGGUUAAAAACGUGUAUUUGAUUUCGACAGCAACUGUGAAAAACUAAGGCAAACAAAGGAAAAUUCCACACAAAUUCAAAACAAAGUUCUUGAAUCAGAGGAAGCACAGGUUUCAAAGCACUGACUCAUCCUUCUGAGUGAAGUACAAAACAUCCAUUCAAUAUACAGGCAAUAGAUAUUAAAUUAUCAAUAAUAUUAUUCAUUUUAACAGUUUAUAACUCUUGCUAUGUCUUUAAAUUGUACACAUACUAUACCAAAAAGACCCUUUCAAACACAUACAGUUUUUAAGAAAACAUUAAUAUUUUACAAUUCAAUACAAAAAAUAAUAAUAGUUAUGCUUCAGUAUGACCAAACAAGGAAAAAGACCACCCACACCAGUUCCUAUGAUGUAGAAUUAGCAUAUCUUGGCUGUGAUUGUGCAUGGUUAUGCUUUAACAGCUCAAUGCUUUGACACGUUCCUUCUCAGUAGCUGAGCGCUCAGGCAGCGAGGCAGGCUGGAGUGGCCGACACGGGGAUUAACAGCAGCGAAGGAUAUAAAGGCAGCCUUACAAGAACCAUGAUACCUGUAGAGCACUUGUGAACAGAGCCUUGCGAACAAAUCACUGUUGCACAGUUUUGUGUUGGUUUUUCCUCCCCUGUGCUGUGUUCCAGAAUAAAAGGACUUGUGCAAGGCAGUAAAGCUCCAAAUCAGCAAAGGACUUGCGAAAGUAAAUGCACUUCUGUGAGAGCUUGUCAUCAUUGAGACAUGCUGCUUCGAAACCCUCUGUCAGCUAUCGAAUGGCUCAUUCUGGCUAUGAGCUGUGGAUGAGGCAGAGACAUGCUUUCCAGCAUGGAGAGAUGAGUGAAGCAGUGUUGGUGAUUUGGAUUAUUUUACUGGUGGCAGUGGAAGUAAGUCCAGGACACCUGAAUGUUUUCAUGCCAAAGGGAGAUGGAGAUAUUUAUCCAUGGAGAACAGUCCUGUUAACCUUAACAGGUUUGGAUGGCUUCUCAACGCAACAAUUCAGUGGCUUCUGUUUAUUCAACAAUGUCCUUUAUUUGUGAACUUUUGCUGAGAAGAAGAACUGAUUAAGGUUGGCAACAUUUAGUAGAGCCUGAAGAAGAACCUUCAGGACCGCUUCGUUGAUUGUUGGGCACCAUGGCUGACUCUCACUUGUCUGGCUCCAUAGGAAGCUACAACAGCAGCUCUCCCACCACCGUUGCUUGGAACAUCACUGGCAGUGGCCCUUGGUUGUUGGCCUUCAUGCUGACCAUCAUCAUCCUCAUGACAAUCUGUGGCAACAUGUUGCUCAUUGCUUUGGUGUUUGCACAUCGCUCUUUGCGCUGCACCUCAAACUGCUUCCUGGUGUCGCUGUUCCUGUCUGACCUAAUGGUGGCGUUGGUGGUCAUGCCCCCCGCCAUGCUCAACGUGCUGUGUGGAGCCUGGGUUCUGUGGCCUGCCUUUUGUCCAGUUUGGCUUUGCUUUGACGUCAUGUGCUGCAGUGCGUCCAUCCUCAACUUGUGCGUGAUCAGCCUAGACCGUUACCUCUUCAUCAUUUCACCACUGCGCUACAAGCAGAGGAUGACACCACCUCGCGCAUUAGUCCUGGUCGGAGCUGCUUGGGGGUUGGCAGUAAUGGCCUCCUUCCUGCCCAUUGAGAUGAAAUGGCACAGCUUAGGCCACAGGAGUGGACACUCAUCGUUUCCUGGGGUUAGCAUUAGUAAUAUCAGCACCUUCUCCGACAAACUGUACCCAGAGUCCUACUUUCAGCUGUCACCAUCAGGAGGCCUUUCCUUCCAGUGCCGUCUGCGGGUCACCCUUCCCUUUGCCCUGGUGGCAUCUGUGCUCACCUUUUUUUUGCCCUCCAGCGCCAUUUGCUUCACCUACUGUCGAAUCCUUCUGGCAGCACGGAGACAGGCGAAGAGGGUUGCAGCACUGAGCCACCCACCCCACCCACAUCCGUCUCUUGGAGAACCUUCCCGGCCUCCUUCGCCUGGGGUCGCAGUAGGUCAAGCUCAGCAGGACGGAGAUGACUGCAGUCACCAAGAGCCUCCUGUGUCACAGAAUGUACCGCUUUCAGUGAACAGUGAGCGUCGUCUGGCUCACCGGCAGGGUCGGAGGGCGCUGAAGGCCAGUCUGACACUGGGAGUCCUUCUGGGACUCUUCUUCAGUGCUUGGCUCCCCUUUUUCAUCACUAACAUGGCCCAGGCAGUGUGUGACUGUGUGCCCCUGGCGCUCUUUGACGCCACCACCUGGCUGGGCUACUGCAACAGCACUAUUAACCCCAUCAUCUACCCGCUGUUCAUGAGGGACUUCAAGCGAGCUCUGGGGAGGCUCUUGCCCUGCUGUUCCUCGCAGUCGCCCAGAAGACCCUCGCCAGCUCUCUCCCUCUCACUACGUAACUCAGGAGAGCCCAACAUUGUCAGUAACCCCCCCUCACCCCUGGCCUCUGACCCCACCCACCCCCCUGCCACCGCCACAGAUGCCGUCAACUUGCUGGAUGCUGAGCAUGCUGGGAUUGAGCUGCCUCUGCUUCUGCCCAAUCAGGUCGACACCCUGGACUGAAUGGUCCGCCAACAUGUCAGGGACUCAUUCAUUCAAGCACUGAGGCUCAUUACAAUUCCUUACUUACUGAGUUGAGAAUCACAAUUAAAAUCAUUUUUUUUACAUUUACAGAAAAAUAUCUAUAAACAUUUUAGCUCUGUCUUUAACUGUUUCUUUACAGUUCGAGAUGUGCCUUCCAAACACAUUUCUAUAUAAAGCUAGGCUUUAGACUAAUUCCAAUUUUCAGUGCCAGCAUACUAUGUAACUAAAACGUCUAGUAAGCGGUGUAUCAUGCUCAUGUCAGUAGAAGA